UCUCACAUUCACCGCUUCUCAUGGUCAUAUUCUUCACUUCACCUUCCCAAAUUGCUAUUCAUUAUUCAACUAUACAACAUUGCCUUAACACCUACACUACAUCCUCUCUUUAUUAUUAUUUUUUUUCUUUCUUAAUCCUAUAUAUGUAUAAAGAAAUAAUCUUUUUCAUCAUGAGGCCCAGUUCUUUAAUUUUGCUUGCUUUUUCCUAGAGAGAGCCAAAAAGACAAAGCAGUACUCUUUUGUAUCUCUGGCUCAGGAAAUCCAAAGAAACAUCUCUUCUUGGGUCUGCAGAGAACUAAUUCCCAUCUGCACUUCUCGCUCUCUUUUUUUUAGCAUUAAUAAUACUUUUUGGAGAGAGGGAUAUACUUAAAUAAAUUUAAAUAAUUUGUAGGGCUUAUUUUGGGAACCCUUAUACCAUAUAUAUAUUUAUUUUACUUUUUCUUCUUUAUUCCCUGCCAUUCUGUUGGUUCUUGCCAAAAUAAAUCGUCUGUGAAAUCCAUAUUAAUUUCUUCUAAGAGUUUAUUAUUUCUCGAGGAUUGGGAAAAAUUCUUCUUGGUUCUCUCUUUCUUGUUCCAUCCUUCUCAUUUUUAAACCAUUCUCUUUGAUUGUUCAGUACUAAAGGAACAUAUAUAUAUAUAAAUACAUAUAUAUGUAUACCUGUGUACUUACUCCGGCCUGCAGUCUUUCGUUGCAGUGUUUCUGACCUUUUUCUUUUUUCCCAACUUAACUGGUAGUGCAUACAUAUACACAUAUAUAUAUAUUAUACAGUUGUCCAUUUUCUAAAUACUUGUUGAAGUUAAUUAUAGGAAGAUGAAAAGAGAAAAAGAGGCAGAAAUGGAAGCUGGGAAAGUGUGAAAGCAUAGAAUUGAGUGUGUGAAGUCAAAAGAUAUAUAUAUCUAAAGAGUUGAGAAAAUGUCUACAAAGCUCAUAUAUUCGUUAUCAGAUGAAAACCCAGAUCUGCAAAAGCAAAUUGGGUGCAUGAAUGGAUUUUUUCAACUCUUUGACCGUCACCGCUACCUUGCCUCCGGACGCGUCAAUAGCCAUAGCCAGAAAGGACUGCCUCCGCCAGGCCAAAAUGACAACCAAGCAGUAGAACCCGACGUUAGAUUGGAAAAGGCUUCAGAAAAGAAUGCAAAGAAGAAGGUAGUUAAAGAGAAACAACGAAACUCCACGGAAUCACCAAGAGUUUCAGUUUCUUCCUCUUGUUCGUCUACCUUCUCAUCUGUUGAAUAUAAAACAUCUCAACAAGAACCAUCUCCAUCAAGCCAAGCAACUUUCGUUGAAACCCCACCGCGCAAUCAGCCUGCAAAACAGCUCGUUGGUUCUACGCAGUUAAGCCGGAAAUCUCUCGAUCUCCGAGAUGUUGUUAAAGACUCCAUGCACAGAGAAGCUCGCGGCUUACUGGUGAAAACCACAACUAAAGAAGCAGCUUUUCAUACUUUGAAAUACAUAGACUCCCCCAGACCUUCAGAACCAGCCAAAUCUGUCAAACCAAAAAUUUCUGGUUUGAAUGAGUCGUUUCGAGUUUUUGGUAGGCGGAGUACUGAAGGGCCUAGGAAUUCCCACGAAGGGAGGGACGAUCGUGUUCUUUCCCGGCCAAAGGAUUUACGAAGGCUCUCUUACGAUGGAAAAGAGCUGCAAGACACACUCAAAUCCACAGCAAAGUUCAAAGAACUUCCCAGGCUGUCACUUGACAGUAGACAAAGCAGCAUAAGGGGUUCGAACUCUGAAGCAAAAUCAGCUUAUCUCUUGAAUGAUCUACGAAUGGAGAAAAGGAAUUGUGUCGAAUCGACUGCCGUGCUGCAAGAGCCAGGGAGUUCAAAACGAGCAUCUAGUGUUAUAGCAAAGUUGAUGGGAUUGGUAGAGCCAAUGCCAACCACUGAUGACCUCUCUUCAAGGCACAAUACGUUGGAAACUGAAAAAAGUGAUCCCUUGUCAAAAUCAUCAGGAGCGACCAACAUAAACAGGCACGAUCAUUUUUCUGGAUCCCCAAAGAAUUUUCAGAAGGACCCAACCUCCCAGAUGAAAAAUGGUGGUUCGGUAGCAAAGAUCACUGCAAACCAGAAAAUUCCAAUGGAAACAGCUCCAUGGAGGCAACCGCAUGGGAACAAGGGUUCUCAACCUCCAGCUUUCAAGUGUUACGAAACACCCACAAAGGUCCCAACCACACCACUGACGGUUUAUGGUGAAAUUGAGAAAAGGUUGGCAGAUCUUGAGUUCAAAAAGUCUGGAAAAGAUCUCAGAGCUCUUAAACAGAUACUUGAAGCAAUGCAGAAGACCAAAGACACCUUGGACAAUAAGAAAGAUAAAAAAUUUAUGUCUGGAGCAAGCGACAAUGGAAGCGAUCACAGCUCAAACUUGGGCAGUAGUCAGAGAAACCUACAAAGUAAUACCUCAACUUCUCCCACGGCCAAAGGGUUUAGAGCUCCAAAACAUUACAACUCCCCAAUUGUCGUCAUAAAACCAACUAAACUUCUUGGAAAAAACACCCCUCCAGCCUGCAACAUCAGUUCAAUUGACAACUUGCAUGACUCGAGCAACCCUCGUACCAGAAACUCUGCAGAAAACAGAAACGUAUCUGUUGAGAAGCGAGUGACGAAACAUUUAAAUCCAAGGAACACACAAGUUACAGAUGCCUUCAAUCGACACCAUUCUUCUCAAGAUAAAAAUAAUACGAAAACAACAAGAUCUGCACAGAAUUCAAAGAUGACUCAUAGUGACAGCGAAGAAAACAGUGCAAGCUCAGGAACCAUGAGCCCUAGAUUGCAACAAAGGAGGUUUGGGUUGGACAAACAGUCUGCUCCAGCAAGCCCUGAUUCAAGCAGGACAAGAAGGCAAUUGAGCAGGCAACCAAUUGAAUGCAGUAGCCCAGGUAGAAAAUGCAGACCAAAGCCUUCCAAUAUGCAGCGAGAUAACAAUCAAUUAUGUGGCACCAGGACCUACAGCAGAGACUUGUGCUACCAAGACAACAGCAUCUCUCUUCAAUCUGAAAGUAGUAUCAGCUUGGCCUCAGAUGUAGACAAUGAAGUCACGAGCAUCAUGCGAGCUGAUAAGAUAAGCAGCAUCUACUGCGAGCGCAAUGGCCUAAAACCAAAAAACCCAACUGUUGGGUUCACUGUAAACAGGACAAUGACAGAAACUGGGAAAGCUACCUCAGAACAACCAAGCCCUGUCUCUGUUCUUGAUGCAUUCUACAGAGAUGAGUCGCCAUCCCCAGUGAAGAAGAAGUCAAAUGCCUUUAAAGGUGAAGAAUAUGAUGAGACACCAUGCCCUAAUGAAGUGGAUUGGGAGCUGAUGGAUAUAUAUCAGCCAUCCAACGGCAGAAAAUCUAAUCUCAGCUCGGAAGUUGAUUAUAAAACACUAGCAUACAUCUGGGCUCAAACUACACAGGAGAUGAACUGCACUGACCUGGAGCAAAUCAUUGCCAAUAAUGCAGUUAUCUGUGAUAGCACGAAUCCAGACCACAUAUACAUUUCUGAUAUAUUGUCAGCGUCAAAUCUCUUCAGAAAAUUUGAGUCAGACUGGAUGGACAUUCAAUUCUACUCAUCAUACCAACUGAUCAACCCCAACAUGUUCUUUGCAUUGGAACAACUCACGGCUAGAACACAGCUUUCACACAAUGAACACAGAAAUGAAAAGAGUCAACUGCAGAAAAAUGAUAAAAAAGUUAACAGAAAACUAGUAUUUGAUGUUGUCAAUGAGAUUCUAGUUAACAAAUUUGUGGAGACAAAUUUAUUUAUGCAGUGGCUUUCACCAGACAAAGUGAAAUGGAAAAGGCCAAAUGGGCAGCAACUUCUUAAGGACUUGUGCUCGGAGAUUGACCAGCUUCAGGGCAACAGCUCAAGCAGUAGUCUGGAUGAAAAUGGCUUGGGAAGCAUCAUAUGUGAAGAUAUGACGCAAUGGCCUAUGAAUUUGUCAGACUAUGGCAGAGAAAUACCAGCGGUGGUGUUGGAUGUAGAGAGGUUGAUCUUCAAGGAUUUGAUCAAUGAAGUUCUGAGUGACAAAGCAGCAAUUAUGCCAUGCCGAUCUGGUGGACAUUGCAGGCAACUGUUUCCCAAGUAGGGUAUUGAUUGAAUGAAUAUGUAGCCUUUUCUUACUCUAAGCUAUCUUUUAGUCCUAGCUUCCACUUCUAUAGUUAUCUUGUCUAUCCAUAUAACUGCAAAACUCUUAGCAAACCUUUUAGCACUUUGCUAGCAUGUAAAUCCCUACCUUAGUCUAAUGAUAGGUGUACUAUACAUUCAAUAGAUGUAAAUCUCUACCAGAGAUGUAUAAGGUAAAAUGUAAGGUACAACCAACCAACAUGUAUAUACAAGUAAAACUUUAGCUUCACAAA